AUGAAAAAGUUAAAUUUAGCAAUUCUUUUCAUUGUUAUUUCAAUUCACACUGUAAAUGGAUUCUUCUUCCCGAGAUGCAGACAGACUGAAAUUUCUUCAAAGAACAAGUUUAGACGUUUCAUUCAACAUGCAAAUUGCACACUUUUUGAAGGGCAUCGAAUAUUUUUAAGUGGACUAAACUGGUUUUCAAUGAAAAUUCAGCGAAAGUUUAAUUAUAUAGAAACGAUAUUAGAUCGUCAUCAAAAUACUUUGAGGCCUACAAAUGUUAUGAAAGUUACGACUUCAAAACCGACAACAGUGAUAAGUGAGAAACCUGCAAUAAUUGAAGAAAUUCCUGUGACAGAAAAAAUGAAAACAACGACUGAAACAUCCACAAAAAUUAAUCUUGAAAUGGAUGAAAAGCCUGUAACAAUUGAAGAGAUUCCAAUAACAGAAAAACCUAAAACAACUACUAGACCCACCACAAGAAUCAGUUUUGAAGUCAGUCAGAAACCGGACAUGUCACAAGAAGUCAUGAAGACUGAAAAUCCUUCAAUUAAUGAGAUAAUUAGUGGAAAUGAAAACUUUCCAGACGAUGACGAACCCAACUAUGAAGGUUUGGAUCAUCCAAUUGACAUUCGAAUGCUUCCAGUCAACUAUUAUGAGCAAUUUUUACACACACGAUCAAAACGUGACGAAAACGAGGAUGAAACUGAAAGUAACACUCAAGAACCAAUCGAGGAUGACAAUAAUGGCGAGAAUGAGGAAACAACUCUCGGAACAUCAGCUUUUAAUUUAUUUUUCGCUCCCGUUAAAUGUCGAUAUGGUUUUGUCUUAGUGGGGGGAAGAUGUCGAAGAGUUGAGGAAUGGAAGUAA